AUGAGUAUUAUGAGCUAUAAUGGAGGAACUAUCCUCGCCAUGGCGGGGAACGAAUGUGUCUGCAUUGCCUCUGAUCUGAGGAUAGGAGAACAAAUGACCACAAUUGCCGUUGAUCAGAAAAAGGUUCACAAAAUCGCCGACAAGGUAUAUCUAGGAUUAGCUGGUUUCAACUCAGACGCUGUCACUGUUUUGGAGAAAGUCACAUUCCGGAAGACGUUGUAUGAGCUUCGAGAAAACCGCAAAAUUAAGCCAGCAGUACUUGCGACGAUGAUCUCCAAUCUCGCUUAUCAACACCGCUUCGGCUCGUUUUUCACAGAGCCGUUGGUUGCUGGCCUUGAUCCCGAUACGAAUAAGCCGUACAUCUGUGGCAUGGAUACGAUUGGUUGUAUUGCUGCUCCAAAUGAUUUUGUCGCUGUGGGAACGGGACAGGAGUACCUGCUCGGUGUGUGCGAAACGUUCUGGAAGGAAAACAUGAGUCCUGAAGAGUUGUUCGAAGCUACUGCACAAUCGAUGCUUGCAUGCUUAGAGAGGGACGCCGCCUCAGGAUGGGGAGUCGUCAUAUAUACGAUCACUAAAGAUAAGGUCAACAUCAGCACGUUGAAAGGAAGGAUGGACUAA